AUGACGAAUAACUGGCUAACAGAUCUUGAAGAAGAGGUUUUAACUCCUAACGUUGCUCUCAGGCUACAAUACAAACUUAUCAAAUACAUAGCAGAAUUUUUAGAAUCACAACAAGAUCGAUACAAUUUAUGUUUUGUUAAUAAGGCAUGGACACCAGCAGCUAUUAAUGUAUUAUGGUCAGAACCAAUUUUCAAAACACCUGAUUCUAUAUACUACUUCCUGCGUGUGGUCAAACAAUCAAAACAAAGGGCUUUAAGAAUACGUGUUCUCAAUCUAUGUGCUCCAGAAGGAAAUAACGUCAACUCUUUUGCACCAGUUUUAUGUUCUGAUCAUAUCGAACACAAGAUAAUGUCAACAUACUUUAUAUCAAAACCAAAUUUAUUAACAAAUCUUGUUAGAUUAUGUGAAAAUCUACGAAAGAUUAAAGUAUAUGGAUGGAAUUUAUCUGAUAAUCACAUACAAUCUUUGCCACAAUACUGCCCAGAACUCAAAGAAAUCCUGGUGAUUGGUAAUAAUCAAUUGACUCAUAAGGCCUUUCAUUCACUGAUGAGCUGUAUAUCUGAUCUUCGUGUAUUAGAUUUAGAUGGCGUUUUUAAACUUUCUGACAAUUUUGCAGAAGCAUUAGCAAUCAAGUGUCCAUCACUUUGUUCACUUAAACUUUCAACCAAAGAAAUAUCCGAAAAAGGAUUUGAUACAUUAGCAACCAAAUUAACAAAACUUAAUAACCUAAUAUUACAAAAUUGCUCUAACCUUACUGACAAUAAUAUUGAACGUUUUGCAGAAAGAAACCCUAGAUUGCAAAAUCUUCAAUUAUUGGGUGAUGCGCUCACGAUCAGAUCAUUUAAAGUGGCAAUGCAUCUAAAAGAAUUGAUACAUUUUGAUCUCAGGUGUUUAAAAGAAGUUUUGAUUUUAUCAAAUGAGAUAGAAUGGUUAAGACCAAUCUGUCACAACCUGCGUAUAAUCAUACUUGAAAAUUUACCAAUUGAUGAUGACACAAUUUCAGCAAUCACUGUACACUGUAAAAAAUUAGAAAAAAUUGCAUUUUCAAGAUGUCCUUAUAUUACGAAUAAUUCAAUCAACAGCAUUGCAGAAAAUGAAACUCGUCUUAAUACACUAGAUCUACUUGAAUGCAGGAACAUCACAGAUGCAUCUCUUAAAUGUCUAGGCCGUAAAUUAAAUCAUUCACUUACUCACAUAAUCAUAGACUCGUGUGGCUCAUUUGUACCAGAGGCUAUACACUGGUUUGUCAAAGUCUCGCCGAAACUUGAAAAAAUAGUUUUCAAUAGAACACCUUCUAUCAUCAACUCAUUUGUUUACCAGUUUUCCACAGAAAGACAAAAGGGAAGUCACGAUUCAGCUGUUUCUCAUCAAAAAUGCACUAUUGAAAAUGAAAAUAUUAAUAAACUGGCUCAUUUCAAUCAGGAUUCACCACACCUUCCUUUUUCAAAUAAUAAUUCUAUUGAUGGAGUCAAGAAUUAUAAUUACAAUCAACAUGUUAUUCAAUCAAAUCAUUCAUUAAUUCCUAAAAAUAAUAAUAAUAAAGCAAAUAGUUAUGAUUAUAAUCACAAUAAACAUAUUAUUCAAUCAAAUUAUUCAUUAAUUCCUAAAAAUAGCAACCAUAACCCUAGUAAUAAGACAAUGAAAAUUCCAGAAGAUAAACUUGAUGCAUUAUCUUCAGAAUUGGGCUUAUCCCCAGAUGUUGUUAGUUAUCAGUGUAUGUCACCACAAUCUAUGAUUGCCAAUGAAUUUCAAAAUGAUUAUUUUCAGAAUAUGUCAAAUACAAAGCAUUCUUUCAGUGAUUCUUCAUCAAAUGAUUCACAAUUUCGUCGUGGUUCUUGGACUACAGUGAUUAAAAAAACCCAUAGCUGUUGGUCGUCCAUCAAUAUAAAAUUACCCAGUCUUCAUUAUCCACAUCCAACAACGGCAGGAGCAACAACAAAUAUAGAAGAAUAUCAAUCUCGUCACAGUUCCCGUGAAUCUUCAAUGGUACGUUGUCAAGAAAAAGGAGGAGGAGAAUCCCCAUCAGUGGUCGAGCAUUCAAUUGCUGAAAAUUGUAUUAGUAGCGUUAAUAACAACGUUGAGAAAAUGUCACCUGUAAAACCUCCUCAAUUUAAAACAGUUGAUCAGAUUACCGAUGAAACUCAAUUAUCAACAAAAACAUCAUUGUCAAAUAAUCAAGCUAAUAGUUGUACUUUAAUUAAUAACGUGACAAGUAACGACCAACAAAAGUAUCAACCACAGUCGCAAAUUCAAGACCCACGACAAACUCAGCAAAUUCAACAGCCAUCACAAAAAUUUGUUGGACAAUCAUCACCUUUAAAUAUCCAGCAAGAGGAAAAAGUAUACAAUGAACAAGUUCCAUCCAUCAAACAAAUAUCCUAUGAACAAGUUGCACAAGCUCGACCAAUUGUUAUUAAUAAUUAUGAUAAUAAAAUUGGUGGUGAUAAACAAGUAACUAAUGAUAAAAAAUCCAAAUCUUCAAAUGGAUACGCAUCGUUAUGGAAUAAUCCUCUUGGAAGUGAAGAUAUAGAUAAAGAUAUUCUUUAUGUAAAUCUUCCAAGCGGACACAUGUUAUCUACUCAAUCUGAUUCAAUUGAUAAUGAUAACGUCCAAUCUAAAAAUGAGAGCUCACAAAUAUUUCUAGAAAGUAGUAAUAAGCGGCCUACAAAUCAAACAGAAACAGUUAACGGCAACCAUAAUAACAAGAGUAAUCAAUUUAAUAAUUCAACCUAUUCAACAAAUUUACAAACAUACCCUCUUUCUUCACCAUAUUUGAAAGGAACGAUUCCAAAUGGUAGCAGCGAUGAGAAAAACUUGGAAAAUAAAUCAAAUAUUAUUUCAAAUAAUAAUUCAGAGUUUACUUCCACAAUUACGCAUGCGGCUAAUUCCAAAACAGAAGAAAAGAAUGAUAAGACCUAUCAAAUUGACAACUCACCAGUGGCACCAAUAUCACAAUAUACACCACAAAUUGUUACGGAUUCUAUUUAUAUAUCAGAAAGUUAUUAUAGCAACAGUCAAAGUAAUAAUGAUGAUAAUAAUCAGCCACCUGGUUUCACGAACACGAACCUGACUAAUAAUGAUCAAAGUAAUUCGGUUGAUCUUGGUGCAUGGGGUAGUUUAUCAAUCGACAAAUCAUCGACGUGGGAAAGUCAGGUGAAAUGGGUGCAAGGUGAUGUAAAAAACAAAAUAACGGAACCAGAAACAAAUCAACUUUGGGGACCUGUCAAGGCUGGUGAAUCGACCACCAAUAAUGUUGAAGAAUCAACAACACCUGUUUAUUUUGAAAAGAAGCAAGCACGAAUCGUUAACAAUGAGCUUGAUGAGGGAUGGGGUUCACCUCCAACACAAACUAUUUCAUGGAAUGAUUCUCGUCAAGGAAGUUAUAUUGAAAUGAUCGAGGAGCAAAGCAAUGCUGUAUAUUGGACCAAACAAAAUGGUGUAUGGCUCAAUGCUACAGAAGAAGAUAAGGUAUCAUCUCAAAAACCAAAGGAAAUUGAAUUAAGUGCAGGUGAUUCUGAUGAUAUUAGCAUAAAGGACAGUGCAAAAAUAAGUCGUACAGAACUCCAGGGAAUUGAAUUAUUAAAUUCUACAUUGAAUGAAAUACGUGAGACAAGAAAAGAGAGAAGAUUCAAAGAAGCAAACUCAUUAAAACUUUCAAACAAUGAUUGUGACAAUGGCGAUGGGUGUUCAAACAUUAACGUAGCAUUAAAUCAUGAUAAUGAUAAUUGUGAAGAUUAUUCGGCGUCAGCCGGGCCAGAAGAGCAUUAUGCUCUUUCAGCACCGGUGUCUCAAGAACAUGAUGAUUAUGUUAAAUCUAAAAAUGGGAGUGAUACUUUUGUUAAAACUGGUGAGAUAUCUAUUUUAAGUGACGAUUGGAAUCUCGAUAAUAAACUUAAAAAAAAAACAGAAAACGAAAACGAUGAAAAACAGGAAAGUAUUCUGUCGAUAGUUGAACGAGAAAUCUUUACGACAGGUCAAAAUAAUAACAAUGGUAAUACUAGUAACGGUAGUGAUGAUGGUGGUUUGUUAUUAUUAAAACAUAAAAAUAAAGAGAAUUCAUCAUUAAUUAUACUUGAAGAGAAUGCUCGAGAUCGAAAGGUUAUUUCAUUAUCGGAAACCAAUGUUUCCCACCAAAAUAAUAUUGAUAACAUUUUAACAAAUUCCAAUCUAGAAACAUCAUCUAACAAUGUAGUAAAUCAUCAAACAAGCACGGGAGAAGCUUUACUUUUUAAAACAGAAACGACAACAGUAUUAUCAUCAACAGUUGAAAUCGCAGAGAAAGGUCCAUCACCAAAUGAGCAAUUAAGGAUGGACGACGUAGAAUUGGAGAGUAAACGGCCUAAUAACCUUAAACAUAUUAAGUUAAACAUUGAAACACCAGAUCACGGAAUGCAAUGCAUUAGUAAAUCUUUAUAA